AUGCCCUCCCGCCUCCUCACCUUGGCUACCGCCGUCUCUGGCGCUGCCGCUGCCUUCCAAGGCUUCAACUACGGUUCUACCUUCACCGACGGCAGACCAAAGUCGCAGACCGACUUUGAGAAUGAAUUCAAGACGGCGGCCGGCCUAGAAGGCACCAACGGCGGCUUCACCAGCGCUCGUCUGUACACCAUGGUUCAAGGCGGCACCGGCAGCGAUCCCAUCUCUGCUAUCCCGGCUGCCAUCAAGACCAAGACCAGCCUGCUUCUUGGUCUCUGGGCCUCUGCCGGCCAGGCCUCAUUCAACAAUGAACUCUCUGCCCUGAAGAAGACCAUCGACUCAUACUGCGGUCAGUUGGACGGCCUCGUGGCCGGCAUCUCAGUCGGUUCAGAAGACUUGUACCGUAUCUCACCCAUCGGUCAGGCUGCUUCACCUGACCCCGGUGCCUCCCCCACCCAACUGGUAAACUACAUCAAGGAAGUGCGCAAUACCCUCAAGGGUUCGUGCCUGGAGAAGACCCCCAUUGGCCACGUCGACACCUGGACCGCCUACGUCAACGAGACGAACAAGCCUGUCAUCGAUGCCAUUGACUUUAUUGGCAUGGACGCCUACCCGUACUAUGAAAACACCAAGCCCAACGGCCUGGAGAAUGCCGUCAAGCUCUUCCAGGCUGCUAUCGACAACACCAAGAGCACAUCGGGCGGCAAGCCCAUCUGGAUCACCGAGACUGGCUGGCCUACCAGCGGUCCCAAGGACGGCUCUGCAGUCCCCGGCCUUGACGCUGCACAGACUUUCUGGCGCGAAGUCGGCUGCCCUAUGUUUGGUGUCACGAAUGUCUGGUGGUUUACUUUCCAGGAUGGCGCUCCUACUGUUCCCAGCCCUGCGUUUGGCGUCAUUGGCUCUACGUUGACAACCAAGCCUUUGUAUGAUCUUUCUUGCGAUGGAUACAAGAACAAGCCUUCUACCAGCCAGCCUGUGAGCUCCAAGACGUCGGCUCAGAGCCAGGAUCCUCCUGCCACUUCUCAGACCCAGAAGCCAACUACUUCUGUGCCUGUUGUAUCCCAGCCCACCACCCAGUCUACCACCCAGGAGACUGAAGCACCCGGCAACACUACACAGGGCCAAUCUACCGCCGCGCCAGUAACUACCCUGAGCACCGGCACGGGUGGUGGUGGUGUCGUCAGCACCAUCAAUGGCGGUACCACGUUCAUUCCUCCCGGUACUUCUACCGGAACCGGCAGCCAGCCUACUGUUCCUCCCAACGCGGGUAGCAAGCUGAAUGCUUUUGCCGGUGUUGCGGCCGGUGUGGUCAUGGCUGUUGCUGCUUUGUAA